AUGCGCUUCCUCGUCCCUCUCGCUCUCCUCAGCGCCACUGCCACCACGGUUCUGGCCGAAACGGCCCAAGACCUCAUUCAAGACUCGCUCCCCCAGUGCCUGCAAAGCUGCGUCGGCAACGUCUUCGAGAACAUUUCCGGCUGUGACCUGAGCGACACCGACUGCCUGUGCAGCGCCGGUACCCCGAGCAGCGACACCCUCAGCACCGCGAAGAGCGACCUCACCACAUGCAUCACGAGUGCCAACUGCACCGCCGCAGAGACGCAGGAGAUUGCCAAAUUGGACUACAGCUCGCUGAUGGAUGAGGCCAAUAGCCUGUGCAGUGGUGCUGCCGCCGUCUCUGCCAAUGUCGUCCUCGCUGCUGGUGCCAUGGCUUUCGCUCUUUUCCUGUAA